AUGCCGGCGCAGGACAUGAUAUCCUGGAACACGCUUCUGGCUGGUUUCGCUGACAACGGGUGGCUGUUUGAAGCGAAGGUACUGUUUCUUUCGAUGCUGGAACGGGAUGUCGUUUCCUGGAACGCUAUGCUCUGGGCUUACGCUUGCAAAGGACUUGUAGCAAUGGCGAGGAGGUUGUUUGACGAGAUGCCGCAACCGAGCGUCGUUUCCUGGAACUCCAUGCUUGUUGCUUAUGCUCAGAGAGGAUGUUUGGCGGACGUCGAAGAGCUGUUUCGAGCAGUGGGGAUGGAAGGGGUUGUGGCAAAUGACACUAGUUUUCAUUGUUUGAUCAUCGGCUGCACUCACGCUGGGAGUAUGUUUGUUGGUCGGGAUUUGUUCUGUGCGUUGAGACGAGACUUUGGCAUGAAGCCGAGCAGGCUUCAUUACGGUUGCAUGGUGGAUGUGUUUGCCAAGGCUGGACAUUUUGAGGGUGCUCGGGAACUUACACUAGCAUGCUUUUCUCCCCUGAUAUUGUCAACUGCCAGUGUCUGCUUGGAACUUAUAAGACUCAAUCUUUUGGAGGCUCGGAGGAAGAGGAGGAUGUUGCUAGAUCUGCUUUUCAGUCAGAUCCGGAGCACCCAACAAAAUCGCAUGGAAGACGCAGUGCUCCAUGGUUCGUGUAACGGAACAAGAUCCCGAGAGUAUGGAAUCGUUUUUGCGUGGAACAUGAGCGAUACUGAGGUUGAAUCAAAACUGGAAGCCGUGGCAGCAGUUUGUGUACCUGCUAGAGGCAAAGAAGGAUUGGAAUCACUACCAGGAUUGGGCUCGGCAAUUGCUAGAAGAUGA